AUGGGUGAAUCUCAGGUGGUCUGCCCUUGGGCUUUCUUAGGCCCUUUGUCUGACAAGGAGUCCGAAUGCAUUGCUCCUGCACCAAAACCUCAAAAGCCAAAAACCUUUGCGUCAAUUGUUGCAGGGUGUGAUGAAACUCAUAUUCCAAUAAAUACGCUUGCUGCACCGACCAUCCGUGGAGAAACAGUGUACGUCAAGAUUAAUGAGCAGAUUUAUCAAGAGCAGUUGAGGGCUUGCCGUACUAAUCUCAUUGGUCGUCUUCUUUUGCGUAAGGGAUCACCACCGAUGAAGACUGAAACUUUAAAGCUUUCUUUACAAUCGCUUUGGCAGCCAGUAGGACCCUGGCAUUUGGUCCCCAUCGGCAAAGGGUACUUCGACAUUCAUUUCAACUCUGAGGUUGAUAUGCACAAGGCAUGGGGUGGUGGGACAUGUACGCUUGAGUCGGGGAUAUUUCGUUUGUCACAGUGGAAACCAGAUUUCAAGCCAGGGGAGGUUCUCCCUCAAACUCAUGCCCAAAUCUGGAUUCGUAUCUCGGGUCUAAGUCAAGAGUACUGGCAUCACCAUCAUAUUCUUGAAAUUGCUCAUAGGGUUGGUACUCCACUACAAUUAGAUGCAGCGACGAAGGAGCAGCGUUUUGGGUACUAUGCAAGGGUUUUGGUGGAUGUCGAUCUUUUGGGUACCCUCCCAAAUUCCAUUACGGUGGAAAGAGAUAACCAUUGCUUCCCUGUUGGUAUUGAGUAUGAAAACCUUCCUCCACAAUGCAAUCAUUGUGGCCUCAUCGGUCAUGAGCGACGAGUUUGCCAGCAUUUUAGGCCAACUGGGAAUCCGAUUAAAAAGACGGUGCAUCAACGUAAAGAAGUUCGUCACGAAUAUAGAGUUAAGAGCAAAGAGACUGUGCCUGUGCCAGUUGUGCAGCAAGUUAAUGAAGCUCUGGAGAACACAAGGAUUUGA